GCCCAAUCAGCGGAGAAUCAGAGAGGACACAGCCGAAAGCUGUCUUGUGUUGACAAGUGCGAAGAUCUAGAGUGUUUGAAUGGAUAUAACCAGGUGCUCGGAGAAAUGGGUAAAACAAGACAAGGAGAGGCCUCUGUCUUCUUCCAUGAUGCUGGCGAGUAAGAAGUCCGACCCCGGCUCCUCUUCCUCCUCCUCCUCCUCUGUGGCUAGCGCCGAGAGAGCACCAGAUGCCCAGGCCUCCAGCACUCAGACUGCCCCCCCUCCCUCCGCCCCUGGCCCCAUGGACGUCAAGAAGAAGGAGCGGGCCUCCCCUAGUGGGGAGCAAGGUGGGCCUCCGCUCCCCCACCCUCCCGGUCCCGGGGGGGUGGACCAGGAUGCGGCGGAAGUCCGUCGAACCAGCCGCCGCAAGCGAGCGAAACAGGUGGAGUACCGCGAGAUGGACGAAAGCCUGGCUAACCUGUCUGAGGACGAAUAUUACUCGGAGGAGGAGAGGAACGCCAAAGCCGAGAAGGAACGCAAACAAGUCAUCCCUCCUCCCCCACCUCUGGUGGAGGAGGAAAAUGACAGCGAGCCUGAGGAGCCUUCAGGUGUUGAGGGGGCCGCCUUUCAGAGCCGACUCCCCCACGACCGCAUGACCUCCCAGGAGGCCGCCUGCUUCCCUGACAUCAUCAGCGGCCCCCAGCAGACUCAGAAAGUUUUCCUGUACAUCCGCAACCGCACACUCCAACUUUGGCUUGACAACCCUAAGAUCCAACUGACAUUCGAGGCUACGCUACAGCAACUUGAAGCCCCCUACAACAGUGAUACAGUGCUGGUUCACAGGAUACACAGCUACCUGGAGAGACACGGUCUCAUCAACUUUGGCAUCUAUAAGAGAGUCAAGCCUUUACCAACCAAGAAGACAGGGAAGGUGAUUAUCAUUGGAGGAGGUGUGUCUGGCCUGGCUGCAGCCAGACAGCUGCAGAGCUUUGGGAUGGAUGUUACUGUGCUGGAGGCCAGGGAUCGUGUCGGAGGGAGGGUGGCGACAUUCCGAAAGGGCAACUAUGUGGCGGACUUGGGGGCCAUGGUGGUAACUGGACUGGGAGGAAACCCCAUGGCUGUGGUCAGUAAGCAGGUUAACAUGGAGCUGGCUAAGAUCAAGCAGAAGUGCCCACUAUACGAAGCUAACGGGCAGGCCGGUGAACGAUGCACAAGUGUGCCCAAGGAGAAGGAUGAAAUGGUGGAGCAGGAGUUUAACCGACUACUGGAGGCUACCUCCUAUCUCAGCCACCAGCUGGACUUCAACUUCCUCAACAACAAGCCUGUCUCCCUGGGCCAGGCCCUGGAGGUGGUCAUACAGCUGCAGGAGAAACAUGUGAAGGACGAGCAGAUCGAGCACUGGAAGAAGAUAGUGAAGACCCAGGAGGACCUGAAAGAGCUGCUGAACAAGAUGGUGACCACUAAGGAGAGAGUGAAGGAGCUGCACCAGCAGUAUAAGGAGGCCAGCGAGGUCAAGCCCCCCCGAGACAUCACCGCCGAGUUCCUGGUGAAGAGCAAGCACCGCGACCUGACCGCCCUCUGCAAGGAGUACGACGAGCUUGUGGAGACGCAGGUGAAACUGGAGGAGAAGCUGCAGGAACUGGAGGCCAACCCGCCCAGUGAUGUGUACCUGUCGUCCAGGGACAGGCAGAUCCUCGACUGGCACUUUGCCAACCUCGAGUUUGCCAACGCCACGCCUCUGUCCACCCUGUCACUCAAACACUGGGACCAGGACGAUGACUUUGAGUUCACGGGCAGCCACCUGACGGUGAGGAACGGCUACUCGUGCGUGCCCGUGGCCCUGGCUGAGGGCCUGGACAUCAAGCUCAACACGGCGGUGCGCCAGGUCCGCUACACGGCCUCUGGAUGUGAGGUGAUCGCCGUAAACACGCGCUCCACCACCCAGACGUUCAUCUACAAGUGUGACGCCGUGCUGUGCACCCUCCCCCUGGGGGUGAUGAAGCAGCAGCCCCCCGCCGUGCAGUUUGUGCCCCCCCUCCCCGAGUGGAAGACCGCCGCCAUCCAGAGGAUGGGCUUCGGCAACCUCAACAAGGUGGUGCUGUGUUUCGACCGGGUCUUCUGGGACCCCAGUGUGAACUUGUUUGGCCACGUGGGCAGCACCACGGCCAGCCGGGGGGAGCUCUUCCUCUUCUGGAACCUCUACAAAGCACCCAUUCUGCUGGCUCUGAUGGCGGGGGAGGCAGCAGGCAUCAUGGAGAACAUCAGUGAUGACGUCAUCGUGGGGCGUUGCCUCGCCAUCCUGAAGGGCAUCUUUGGAAGCAGCGCGGUACCUCAGCCUAAGGAGACGGUGGUGACUCGUUGGCGUGCCGACCCGUUUGCGAGGGGCUCAUACUCGUACGUGGCUGCCGGGUCUUCUGGUAACGACUAUGACCUCAUGGCCCAGCCCAUCACCCCCGGCCCCACCAUCCCGGGGGCCUCUCAGCCUGUUCCUCGUCUGUUCUUCGCCGGAGAACACACCAUCAGGAACUACCCGGCGACGGUUCACGGGGCUCUGCUCAGCGGGCUCCGAGAGGCCGGCCGCAUCGCAGACCAGUUCCUGGGAGCCAUGUACACCCUGCCCCGACAAGCCACACCUGCUGCCAACCCCCAGGCCCAGCCUUCCCCCAGUGUCUAAACCCCCCCUCCUGCCCCCCCCCAUCCUGCCCACCUCACCCCCCCAUCAUGCCCCAUGAUCCAAACAUACACUGACAACACAAACAGCCUCAUACAUCCACAAACACACACAUACAUUCCCCCCCCCUCCCAGUCUUCAAACUAUUCAAGUGACGUUGGUGACUCUAAUUUCUGCAAAGACUCUAAGAUGUAAGAAUGUGCCUGUCGAGUUUUUGAAGUUAAAUGUUUUUUUCCAUCACCAAUGCCAGCCCAGCCCAGCAGUGAAACCACUCUGCACAUUCCCCCUGAGAAUGCAGCGAGCAGCACUCUGGCAAAACUCCACCCACCCUGCUCUCCUCUCUGGUCCCCUUCCUAUGACAUCAUCCACCACCUCUCAUGCUAUAGGAAACACAGUUGUCUGAGGCUCACACUGCUAGAUGGCUCCAUGUCUGAGGCUCACACUGCUAGAUGGCUCCGUGUCUGAGGCUCACACUGCUAGAUGGCUCCAUGUCUGAGGCUCACACUGCUAGAUGGCUCCAUGUCUGAGGCUCACACUGCUAGAUGGCUCCGUGUCUGAGGCUCACACUGCUAGAUGGCUCCGUGUCUGAGGCUCACACUGCUAGAUGGCUCCAUGUCUGAGGCUCACACUGCUAGAUGGCUCCGUGUCUGAGGCUCACACUGCUAUAUGGGUCCAUGUCUGAGGCUCACACUGCUAUAUGGGUCCAUGUCUGAGGCUCACACUGCUAUAUGGGUCCAUGUCUGAGGCUCACACUGCUAUAUGGGUCCAUGUCUGAGGCUCACACUGCUAUAUGGGUCCAUGUCUGAGGCUCACACUGCUAUAUGGGUCCACUGUACUUUGUACUCCUGCAGGACCAUAGGUAGUCCACUUUUGUCAUCAGUGUCAGCAGAGUGGGUGUGAUCGGAUCCCUGCAGGUCUGAGGUGGAAGGCUGGAUCCCUUCAGGUCUGAGGUGGAAGGCUGGAUGCAGGUCUGAGGUGGAAGGCUGGAUCCAGGUCUGAUGCUGUGCCCCUAUCCUCGCGGCAUUAAACUCAUCUAGAGGAGCUGCAGUAGAGGAGCUGCUAUUCUGGGCUGAUGUUCAGAAGCCAAGACGGUUUUGAAACGAAAGUCGUUUGUUCUGUAAUUGCAG